CGCCUCUUCAGCUUUGAGCCAGUGCCCUCCCUCAGGGCCUUGCAAGUACUCAAGCCCCGAGGCCGCGUCGCCGCUAUCGCCCACCGCGGCGGCGGCCACGACGCGCCUGAGAACACCCUGGCGGCCAUCCGACAGCUAAGAAUGGAGCAACAGGUGUGGAGUUGGACCUUGAGUUUACUUCUGACGGGAUUCCUGUCUUAAUGCAUGAUAGCACAGUGGAUAGGACGACUGAUGGGACUGGUCGACUGUGUGAUUUGACAUUUGAACAAAUUAGGAAACUUAAUCCUGCAGCAAAUCACAGGUUGAGGAAUAAUUUCCCUGAUGAAAAGAUCCCCACCCUGAGAGAAGCCGUUGCAGAGUGCCUAAACCAUAACCUCACAAUCUACUUUGAUGUCAAAGGCCAUGCAAAUAUGGCUACUGUUGCUCUAAAGAAAGCUUAUCUGGAGUUUCCUCAGUUAUACAAUAAUAGUAUCGUCUGCUCUUUCUUGCCAGAUGUUAUUUACAAGAUGAGACAGGCAGAUCAGAAUGUAGUAACAGCUUUAACUCACAGACCUUGGAGCCUUAGUUAUACAGGUGAUGGGAAACCACGUUAUAAUUCUGUCUGGAAACAGUCCGUAUUUGUGAUGAUGGACAUUUUGCUCGAUUGGAGCAUGCAUAAUAUCUUGUGGUACCUGUGUGGAAUUUCAGCUUUCCUCAUGCAAAAGGAUUUUGUAUCCCCGGCCUACUUGAAUAAGUGGUCAGCUAAAGGAAUCCAGGUUGUUGGUUGGACUGUUAAUACUUUUGAUGAAAAAAGUUACUACGAAUCCCAUCUUGCUUCCAGCUACAUCACUGACAGCAUGUUGGAAGACUGUGCACCUCAGUUCUAGACUGUUGCCCCAUGGAGGAAACAUGGGAUCCGAAACUGCCUGCUGGCCUCAUGCAGGGAUAUCAGAACACCUGUGUGCUAGCCCAAGCCCUGGGGGAUCAGGUGACUCACACAAGCAAUGGUCGGGAAUUGCAUUUUUAUCUGAACCAAAGCAAAACCCAGUGUCGCCACCACACUCCAUGGAAUGUCUGAGUUCAACACUGUUGCUCUUGGAAAAUCUGGGCCUGAGAUAAGGUCCCACAGCUCCUGCCCCAUCCUAGCUGAGAUGCACACCGAGACCCAAUGAGAAUAAGCACAGAUUGAGUUGUGCAAUUUGGGGAUACAGGUGCAAAUGCAUAGGAAAUGCAUGACUGCUCAGAGUUGACAUUUUUAAAACUUGGCACACUUAUGUAAUGUGAUUUCAAAUAAUUUGUAUUCCACUACAUUAACAAUGUACUAUAGAUUUCAAACUUGUGACCAUACUAAUAAAAUCAUUAAAAAGAGCAUUAAGGGAAAAUUGAGUUCCAAGCAUCAUAUACUAAGGUGUUAGGAAUUUAGGGAAGCUACUGUUUGCAAUCCAGGGAACAGGGGCAACAGCCUUUGGGAAGGCUUCAAUGUACAGCAACCAAAAUGGUAAGGAAGUCUUAAAACCACUUUGAGGAAUUGGUUUAUGGCAUCUCAAAAUAGCAGCUACAAACCACCAGGUGGCACAGUUGCACUUUUUCAGGCUUACUAGGUAGGAAGCUCUACCCCGGAUGAACAUAGAAAAUUAGAACUGGAAAAAACUUGCAAGAACAUCUAGGCUAAUUUUUAGGAAAUUAAAACCUGUGGAAGGGAAGGGCCUUGUUCAAAAAUCACACAGCUGGUAACAUAGCAGAGCCUGGCUUUCAUGGUAAUGAAAUUAUUAAAUAAAUUAUUUACUGUGGAAAACUUGGGAAAGCCGGAAACUGUGUAAGGUGGAAACCUGUCAGAGAAGGAAAACUCAAGUAUUUUCCACUAAAAGGAGCGAUGAAAAAUUGGUAAGACUACAACCUGUCAAAGGCAGAAAACUUG